CUCCCCCCCCCCACUCGCCGCCACCACGUGAAUGGGGCACACCCCCCACACCGGAGGUGGUCCUUUCAUCACUUUUCUUUUCGUACUGCAAAUGGUUUCUUCCACCAAGGAAAAGCGAUAGGUUUUCCUUGCCCACUCUCGGCUUUUCAGGAGCGGCGACGCCAACAUGAGCGGAGAGGAGAAUCCAGCCAGCAGGCCCACACCGGUGCAAGACGUGCAGGGCGACGGGCGCUGGAUGUCCCUGCACCAUCGGUUCGUGGCCGACAGCAAAGAUAAGGAACCCGAAGUCGUCUUCAUCGGGGACUCCUUGGUCCAGCUAAUGCACCAAUGUGAGAUAUGGAGGGAGCUCUUUUCUCCCCUGCAUGCCCUCAAUUUUGGCAUUGGUGGUGAUAGCACACAGCACGUACUGUGGCGGCUGGAGAAUGGGGAACUGGAACACAUCCGGCCCAAGAUCGUGGUGGUCUGGGUGGGCACCAACAACCACGGGCAUACAGCAGAGCAGGUGACUGGUGGCAUCAAGGCCAUUGUGCAACUGGUGAACCAGAGGCAGCCCCAGGCCCGGGUCGUGGUGCUGGGCCUGCUUCCAAGGGGUCAGCACCCCAACCCACUUCGGGAGAAGAACCGACAGGUGAAUGAGCUGGUACGGGCAGCACUGGCUGGCCACCCACGUGCCCACUUUUUGGAUGCAGAUCCUGGGUUUGUGCACUCCGAUGGCACCAUCAGCCACCAUGAUAUGUAUGAUUACCUGCAUCUGAGUCGCCUGGGCUAUACACCGGUCUGCCGGGCCUUGCAUUCCCUGCUUCUGCGUCUGCUGGCCCAAGACCAGGGCCAGGGCGUCCCUCUGCCAGAACCCACAUCCUAGACAUCCUGCCUCCCACAUUAAAUCCUUCUUUCUCAGUC